AUGACCUAUCUUACAUCAUAUCUACAGCAGCUGAGCCCCCUGCAAGGGUUGCUACGGGCAUUGGUUCUCUUGUGCGCACUCCCCACGCUGGCCGUUCUCACCUGGAUUGUCCGGAGAGACAAGAGGCUGGACAAAGUGCCAGGUCCCAAAGGUAGUUUAAUCUACGGCAUAGGCCGGGAUCUUCCUCCUAAUGCCAUACAGAAGUUCAGGGAGUGGGCCGACGAAUAUGGCGAGGUGUACAAGAUACGGCUGGGUUGGUAUACCUGGGUGGUGUUGAGCAGUCCGGAGGCCGUCAAGGAGAUCCUCGACAAGCAGUCUGUUUCCACAUCCUCCAAGCUGGCGACACCGAUGGCCGAGCUCGUCGUGGGUGGCAUGCGAAUGGUCACAAUGCCGUAUGGCUCCAAGUGGCGCAAGUACAGAACCAUCUGCCACAACCUCUUGACACCCAAGAUGACGGCAGCCAUGCUGCCCGUGCAAACCCAGGAGAUUGGCCAGUUGCUGUACGACUUGGCCUUCCGGAACUCGGGGGAUUAUGCCUUCCGAGAGCACAUUAAUCGGACCAUCUUCUCGAUCAUGAUGAAGACGGUCUACGGACGUCGCAUCCAGGGAAAGGACGACGAGGACAUCCGCAACAUGGUGGAGAGCUCCAAGAUUCUGGGACGCCUUGUCCGGGCGGGCGCCUUUAUCGAGGACACGUUCCCGCCUUUGGCCGACCUGCCCGAGUGGCUGCAGCCGUCGCGGAAGCGAGCGCUCAAACUCGCAGAGUUCAUCCUCUGGGUCAAGAUGCGGACCUGGAACAACUUGAAGGAGCAGGAUGCCAAAGGCGUCGCGCCCGACUGCUACGCCACGCAGAUGAUCCACGGCGGCUGGUACCAGCAGGGUCUGGUCGACGAGGACCUGGCUUGGCUGGCCGGCGGGCUCGUGGAAGCGGGCUCGCACACGUCGAUCCACACCGUGGUGAACCUCGUCUACUACAUGGCCGCCACGCCCGAAGUACGGGAAAAAGUGGCCGCCGAGGUCGGGAGGGUGGUGGGCGAGUCUCGGCUCCCGAACAUGGACGAUGUUCCUCAUCUGCCUUACGUCUUCGCCUGCAUCAAGGAGAUCCUGCGGCUCUGUCCCGUACCUCCCUGGAGCAUCCGCCACUUCACCGAUGCCGACGUAACGUACAAGGACAUCGUGAUUCCCAAGGGGACCGCACUGGCCUGUAAUACCUCGGCGCUCCACUUCGACCCGGUGCGGUACCCAGAUCCCUUCAGCUUCAAGCCGGAAAGGUACGCCGACUACCAGAAGUCGUCCUUGGACUACUCGGCCCAGUCAGACCCCAACAGCCGCGACCACUUCUGCUUCGGCGCCGGGCGGCGUAUCUGCCCCGGUAUCCGCUUCACCGAAAGCAACCUGAGCCUGAUCCUGGCCAGUCUCGUCUGGGCGUUUGAUAUCCGGCCCUCGGUCGUCCUGGUGGACGGCAAGGAACAGGAGGUGCCCCUGGAUUUGUCAGAAGCGGCCUUCGACCCGUACCCCCUGCGCACUCCGAAACCGUUCAAGGUUCGGUUUAUUCCACGCAGCGACGAACGGCUAAGUUUUAUUGGAAGCACCUGCGACUCGACCGGCGCGUUGUAG